AGCAGACGCUGCGUCGCACACUGAUGACGUUCACCAUUUCUAUUUACUGAGGAAGUGCUGCUGGUUUCGUAGAAGCAAUUUUUUUAAAAAUAUCAAAAUCACUCUUCUUCCCGUCAAACAGACUGGGAUCUUUAAUGGAUUGAGUGUUGAGCCCCAGUGAAAUGACUGACCAGGGCAACAACAACCAGAACAUCUCCUGCAACCCCUUUGCUGCCCUCUUCAGCUCACUGGCUGAUGCCAAACAGUUUGCAUCAGGCCAAAAACCACAAAAGCAGUCUGCUCAACCACCACUGGAGGACUCAGGAGAGAGCCAGUCAGAGUCGGAGAACUCUGUGUCAGACAGCGUUGAUGACAAUGACGACUCCGUGGCAGAAAUUAGCCGCUCCUUCCGCUCCCGGCAAGAGCUGUGUGAACAGCUCAAUGUCAAUCACAUGAUCCAGCGAAUAUUUCUAAUCACUCUGGACAACAGUGACCCCAGUCUGAGAGGAGGUAAUGGGAUUCCUCCUCGCUGUGUUUACCUGGAGGAGAUGGCUGCAGAUCUGGAUGGACAGGACUGGCUGGACAUGGACAACAUAGAGCAGGCUUUGUUUAAUCGUCUGCUGCUGCUAGAGCCAGGAAACCAGCUCAUCUACAUGACGUCAUGCAGCGCUGUCAACCUGUCUGCUGACCGAGAUGCUGGAGAGAAAUGUGCCAUCCCUUACCUUUUUGCUUGUUACCAGAGGGCAAAGGAAGAGGUGACAAAGGUACCCGAGAAAUUGCUUUCAUUUGCUGUUCGCUGUAAGAACCUGACAGUUUCUAAUACGCGAACAGUCCUGCUCACCCCAGAGAUCUACAUCAGCCAGAAUAUCUACGAACAGCUUCUGGACCUGCUGCUGGAAGCUUUCAAUGGAGCACAGCCAGAGGAGGUGGUUGAAUUUGUGGAGGAGGUCAUUGCUGGCCUGCUCUCUGACCAAGAGGUGCGCACCUUCGAGGAGGUGAUCGUACCAGUGUUCGAUAUCUUCCACGGACGCAUCAAAGACUUGGAUCUGUGCCAGCCUCUCCUCUACUCCUAUUUAGAUGUUCUCCUCUAUUUCAGUCACAAUAAAGAUAUCGCUAAAGUCUUGGUAGAACACAUUCAGCCCAAAGACCCAACUAAUGGUUUGCAGUACCAGAAGACCUUACUGGGGAUGGUGUUGAACAUCUCCUGCUUGCUGAAAACCCCAGGUGUGGUCGAGGGACAUGGCUACUUCCUGAACCCUUCCCGCUCCAGUGCCCAGGAGACAAAGGUCCAGGAAGCCAACAUCCACCAGUUUAUGAAUCAGUUUCAUGAGAAGCUUCACCAAAUCUUGAAAAACUUGCUCCAGCGAUCGGGGGAGACUCGCCACUUGCUGCUCUCAUGGUUGGGAAACUGUCUGCAGGCUAAUGCUGGCCGAGCCAAGAUCUGGGCCAAUCAGAUGCCAGAGAUCUUCUUCCAAAUGUAUGCCUCAGAUGCUUUCUUCUUAAACCUUGGUGCAGCUCUCCUGAAGCUGUGCCAGCCCUUCUGCAGGCCCCGUUCACCUAAACUGCUCACCUUCAACCCUACUUACUGUGCACUCAAAGAGCUGAGCGAAGAAGAGAGACGCAAUCGCAAUGUACAUGCAAGAGGUCUUGACAAGGAAACCUGCCUGAUCCCUCUGCCUCCCCAGCAGUCGGUGGAGUCAGCGCCGUCCUACAGCCUGCUGACUGAAAACCUCAUCCUCACUCAGCUCACCAUGCAUCUUGGCUUCCACAGACUCCAUGAGCAGAUGGUGAAGAUGAACCAGUCUCUCCACCGGCUCCAGGUGACGUGGCAGGAGGCUCAGCGAACAGGCAACCCAAUGUCAGAGCAGCUCCUGGAACAGUUUGAGCGUCUGAUGAUUGUUUAUCUGUCAACCAAAGCUGCCACUACGCAGCCCGCCAUGCUGCAAUGCUGCCUUAACCUCCAAGCUGCCACUGCUGCUCUGCUGGUUCAGCUUGGGAUGGGAAACCAGGGGACUGAGCAUGUAGCACUCAGUUUUCCACUGCCAUCCCUGCAGAAUAGUAUGCUCUGCUAUGUGCCAGAGUUUUUUGCAGAAAACUUGGGAGAUUUUUUCAUCUUCCUGCGUCGGUUUGCAGACGAUGUCUUGGAGACUUCUGCUGAAAGUCUGGAGCAGAUUCUUAACUUCAUUACUGUCUUCAUGGGUAACGUAGAGAGGAUGAAAAACCCUCAUUUAAGAGCAAAGCUUGCAGAGGUCUUGGAGGCAGUGAUGCCCCACAUGGAGCCAGUGGCUCCCGGUGCUGCUCAGCCAAUCGUGUUCCAGAGAGAGAGAGUCUUCUGCACCUACAGACAUGCACCUCAGCUGGCCGAGGCCCUCAUCACAGUGUUUGUCGAUAUUGAAUUCACAGGGGAUCCUCACCAGUUUGAGCAGAAAUUCAACUACAGGAGACCCAUGUAUCCAAUUCUUAAGUACAUGUGGGACAAAGAAAACUACAGAGAGAGCAUCAAGCAUUUAGCAAACUAUGCAUCUGAGAACCUGGAGGCCAUGAACCCCCCUCUGUUCCUCAGGUUCCUCAACUUACUGAUGAACGAUGCCAUUUUCCUUCUGGAUGAGGCUAUUCAGUACCUGAGUAAAAUCAAGGUUCUACAGCUGGAGCGGGAUCGAGGGGAGUGGGAAGGCCUGGCCCCUGAUGCUCGAAGAGAGAAAGAAUCGAGCCUGCAGAUGUUUGGACAGCUGGGACGCUUCCACAACAUCAUGUCCAAUGAGACCAUCGGCACGCUGGCCUUCCUCACCUCAGAAAUCAAGGGCAUCUUUGUGCAGCCUUUCCUGGCUGAGAGGAUCAUCUCUAUGCUCAAUUACUUCCUGCAGCACCUGGUGGGUCCUAAGAUGGGAGCUCUUAAAGUCAAGGACUUCAGCGAGUUCGACUUCAAGCCCCAGCAGCUUGUUUCUGACAUCUGCACUAUCUACCUAAACCUGGGCAAUGAGGAGAAUUUCUGUGCUACAGUCCCAAAGGAUGGGAGAUCGUAUUCUCCUACUCUCUUCUCCCAGACACUUAGAGUACUAAAGAAGAUCAACAAGCCUGGGGACAUGAUUGUGGCUUUUGGACUCCUUGCUGAUAAAAUAAAGUCUCAUGCAGACAGACAGCAGCAGGAAGAGGAAACAUAUGCAGAUGCUCCAGAUGAAUUCUUGGAUCCCAUCAUGUCCACUCUGAUGCUGGAUCCUGUCCUUCUACCUUCUUCCAAUGUGACUGUAGACCGCUCAACUAUAGCAAGGCAUCUCCUCAGUGACCAGACGGACCCUUUCAACCGCAGUCCUCUAACCAUGGACCAGAUUAGGCCCAACGAGGAACUCAAACAACAGAUCUUACAGUGGCUGGAUAAGCAUAAGCAGGAGAGGCUGCAGCUGGGGCCUAGUGGCUAGCCCUGAUCUCUCACUGUGACAAACAAUGACUCUUCUUGCUUCGUUGUUUUCUUUCCUGGCCCACACGCUCCUCUGCUUCAUGGCUGAUCCAUGGUGUGCUUACCUCUGUGGAUUUGUUCUGACUCCGGCGGUCUCAAUAACAUUGGAUUCGCCUUUUCGUGCAGCCUUCAUGCUUAUUGGAACAUCUCUCUGACAACAGUUGAGGCAAACUGUAGCCCACCCGCAGGUGACGACUUCAAAACCCAUACAGUAGCUGUUAUACUCCCAUGAUGCCCUAUUGUAAACAUGAGUAGGGUGAUGCAGCCUCUGUUUCCUUAAUAAAUAGUUAUUACAGGCAGAACUGUGGCCUGAAAUGUCAGUUGAGCAGCACGUGAAUGUACUGUAUGAACUCCUGGCUGACCAUCUGGCCCUAACCACAUUUUAUACUGCAAGGUAAGUAUUUUUUGGAACUCACAAGUCUGACUAUGGAUGGAGUUGUUUAUAAUUUACCCUGGAUUUCACCUUCAUAAAGAUCACAUCACACACUGCCUUUAAAGUCCUUUAAUACCCUAUAUGUUUGCACUCUUGGUUCAAUCUCAACCAGCAUGCUCAUUGUAAAUAAAAUUAGGAAUUAAAAAUAAGGCCUAGGAAAAACUGAAUUUAAUUGUGUGUGACUUUUAUUUUAUUGAAAAUAAUUACAUUUAUUUGGGGACUUUUAAAAUCUUGUUCACUGUAAUAAGAUACCUGUAGCACAAAAGCAUACUGUGUAUUUGUUUUACAGUUGUCUGUAUUUUUAAAAUACGAAGAUAAGAGCCUUGAGAGCCUUGAGCACCUGCCUUUAAUGAAGCCCCAAUUAUCUUGUUAAGAUCUGAGACCUUGCUAAUUAAGGUUGUUGGAUGAAAGGAUUUUAAACUGUGUUUCACUUAUUAGACAAUAAUUACACUAAUUUAAACCGCAUUUUAGGCCAUUAAUUAGUAAAAUUGCUCAACUGCUGAGCGCGGCAUUGACAGACAUUGUUAUGGCAAUACAGUGUGGAAAUGUGGGAGCUGUUCACAGCGGUUAUGAACAAUAAUAACAAACAGUAGUGUGACAGCUCCAUGUCUAAAAAGCAGAUGAGAUAAUAGCACUGUAUCAGAGGGUUCCAUCGCUGCUGCACACAAUGUGUGACUAAAUUUGAAAUUGUCUCACGUUUUGAGAAAGUUUCCUUCAGAGCUGCAGAAGACAGAACACAGCAGAUUCACAGGAUUGCAAGCAACUCUUUUCUUGUAAGAUCUGUGGAAUGCCCCUUUGAGACGCUCAGCGGUGAUAAUGGGCACCAAAUGACUGGACCUGACACAAAAAGGCAAGGAAGAUACUCUCAAAACAUAACUUCAUUUAGCCUGUGGCUUUCUGUAUCAAAAAUACUUAGAAAACUAUGACAUUAACACAAAUUUCCAACGGCUACUCGUGACUUUGCUAACUGGCGUAGGUUCUGUGAAAAACAGCAUCUUUUCAGUAAAUGUCAUAUUUCUCCUGAAUGUCUUCUCAAAUAAGUCGUCCAUUUGUUGAACUGUAUCAUAUCUACAGUACCUUAUCUGAAUAGUAAUGUACAAAAAGUAGUGACGUGGUUUGAAUUGGGUUACAUUUCUCAUUAUACUCGAAUAUACUCCUUAUUUGACCUUGUUUUAGGGUCCUUACAAUGGCCACAUUUCUUGAGAUUAAACCCCUGAACUGCAAAAAUAUAGGGUUCAAUCAUGUUUAACCGUCAGUGUACAUACAACAGUCAUUGUCACUCUUUGAAUCAACAUCCUUCAGAUUAUCCAAUACAUAUCCUGAUCUCGGGUUUUGAACAGAAUUUUUAGUUGUGUGCAAGCGUAGUUUAUUAAAGUGUGGGCAAACAGUUGAUCAAUAGAAUCGGUGCCUAAAACCAAGAGCCUUGCAGCGAAUGAGGAUCUGACUUGUUUCACAUUCUUCACAGACAUGAUUAUAAGUUUGUUUCUUUGAGCGAUAUGGAGCUGUGCAGUAGAAUAUAAAAGAAAGAAGACUGGAGGCAGAAAUCAUGAUGUUGAGUAGAGUUUUUGAGUUAAAGUGUUUUAAUUCAAAAUCAAGUGUGCUUGUAUAAAAUGUUAAAAGGUGAGAGGAAGACGAUGUAUUUGUUGGCAUGCUUAUCAUACUGUGUUGAACAUCUACCACCUGAAUGAUUACAUGGUUUAAAUUAUAAUGCAAUAUUUUUUGUUUUAAUUGUGAUCAUAAAAUGUUUAUUUUGGAUGUACAGUAUGAUUAAGAAAUAAAACUAAUGUGCAUUAUAUAAGA